AAUAAUCUCAGAAACACUCUCAUGCAACGUGCACUAAGAAAAACGCUUGCGUUAUAAUGAUUCUAUCAUGCGGUUUUUCUCUCUGGAUGGAAACCUUCGCCUCGUCAUACUGCUAGGAUAACUCUCACUCUCACAAAUGAAGAUGAGAUGCGAGAGUAAUCGUCCGCAUUCGGGUAACACGCAGUGAAAGGAAAAACUACCAAUGUUCCAAAUUCAUCUUUUUCCCCGGUGUAGCAUCUUUGCAACAUCUUGUUUAACCUACAGUAUUGCAUGACGGCUUCUCGGCAACGGAGUGUAUUUGUUUCUUAGUUUACGCUUUGUGGAAUAAAUCUAACUAAUGAUCCGUUUCGCGCGUGAAAAGUGUUUGUUUAAAAAUCUGUUCAGAGGAAUUAACUAUUUUUGUGUUAUUGGUGUUAACUAUGCUUAGGAAAGCAAUAUUCUAAGCAUUAAACCUUUAAAUUCUGUAAACGAAAGAAAUAUAUUCGACAACCAAUAUUGCAUCGAUACAUUAUGACUAAUCAACUGCAGUCAACGAACGGUACUAUCAACAACGACCUGCUGGAACACUUUCAGAAGAUUGACGUAAAGGUUGUAGAUGAACCAAAUGGGUUUGCCGAUCACGUUGCCAGAUUUUGUAACCGCUGGCACAUCAAAAAAGUGCUAUCGCAUCUUGGAUUGCUUGUCUCACUCGCCAUCUACUGCGGCGUUGGUGGAUAUAUAUUUCGCGAGUUUGAACGUCCAGCAGAAGUUGCUCGCAUCCAAGGCCUUCGGAAGUUACUGUCACAGCACCGUGAAGGUUUCAUCAAUUCCAUCAUCAACAACACAAGCGUACAGAACUUAGACCAGCUGCUAGCCUUUGAACUAAAGAAGUACGAACAGGUGGUGCAAGAUGCGGCGCAGGGUGGGAUUUUGAUUGACGCCGAUCAGAACUUUCCGGUCGCGGUCGAGAAGUGGAGCGUGCUCCAGGCCGUCUUCUUUGCGUCCACCGUAAUUACAACCAUCGGGUAUGGUAACAUUGUGCCAGUCACGCUGGGAGGACGUGUCUUCUGUAUGUUUUUUGCACUCAUCGGCAUCCCCUUCACGUUGACUGUCAUAGCAGACUGGGGUCGACUCUUCGCGACGGUUGUGUCUACUUUAGCGAAAAAUUUUCCUGCUUUACCACUAGCAAGAUUUUGUCCUGAUGCUGGAAUUAAAAUGACCGACAAGAAAUGGCUGUAUGCGGUCGGUGCUGUUGGUUUCUUGGGCGUGUACUUGGCAGCAGGAACAGGGUUACUGUUGCUGUGGGAAGAGGACUGGAACUUCUUUGAUGGAUAUUACUUUUGCUUCAUUACGAUGACGACUAUCGGUUUCGGUGAUUUAGUACCAAGCAAACCAAACUAUAUGCUUCUUUGUACCUUAUACAUAUUGGUCGGGUUAGCGCUGACCAGUACGAUCAUUGAGUUGGUUCGAAGACAAUAUGCCCAAAGCUGGCAAAAAUUACAGGCUCUUUCCGGACCUUUGGCGGACACUUUGAGACGGCUUGGUGAAUCAGCUGGUACAGGAAUCGAUGUUACAGCUCUACACAACGAUUUGCGUCGCGUUCUUACGGUUGUAUCAAUGCCGCGACGCCAUGGUAACAAGAAAGCGCAAGCAAAAGAGAUGGCCGCCCUGGAAGCUAUCACUAAUGCUAUACUGCAGGACAUCAAGGAAAAGCAGGACAGUCAGGAAGGGCCACCAAAAGUGGUCCAAAUUGUUAUCUACGAGUCGUCUGUCUAAAAUCGUAAAGUUUACUUAUCGAAUAUUUUAUUAUAAUAGUCGUCUUGAAAUACUUUGCCGGCGGUACUUUCUAUUUUUAUGGUAGUGUUAUGAUAAAGAUUAGUUAAGCAGUACGUAAAAUACGAUUUAGCAAACAAUAAAGUCAAAAAUAAAUCUA